GGUAAUUCCGGCGGCAAGCAUCCAGAUAUCCACGACUUGAAGGACAAGUUGCAAACAAGUUGUAACUCAACUUUUCACGACCAAUGGCUAAGAAGCGCCAGACAACGCAGACAACGCCCGUGCAGAAGCCUUUAGUCGAGAUAUCUGAAGACGAACAGUGGCGCUUGAUAGAACAAACUGGUGUCCUUAGGAAGGUAGCUGAGACACGAAAACCUAAGGAGACUACAGACAAUGUGGAACCACUCCCACUUGCUGACGAGAUCUUCAAUGCGGUCGUGUUCAUCAUGCCGUUGACCUUCUUUCUCAUCAUGAUGGACAUCCUCAUACAUCAGCAGUAUGCCCGGCACCCAACUGCUGGUGAUGUUGCUGGACGGCUCCUCACAAACUUACCCAUUUUGUCCAUAUUUGUGUUCUACACUACGCGACACAAGGCCAAUUCUCGAAUGCAACUCGCUCUAUUCAUACUUUCCCUUGGUGUUGGACCCCGAAUGAUAUGGCUUAUAAACCGUGGAUCAUGGCUUGUCAAUAUGCGACAGUGUCCGCAAUUCGCAACAAUAUGGCUAUAUACAGUCGUACAGUUGAACUUGAAUUGGGCCGUUCUCUCUUUAGUAGUGACAGGAGCUUGGGCAUGGUUCACAGGAAUGAAACUCGCUCUGUGAUUAUGUUUCACAUCGACAGACCGCACGAACCAUGGCAAUCACGCGAAUAGAUACAGGAGUUUACUAGCAUCGGACGGGUUCCCUUAGAUUCAUUUUCAUAGCUCAACA